AUGUCUUCCCUAGUCAUUGUACCUCUCCCUACACCCGUUCCCGCGCAAGUCCCAGCCAAACCUCCCAGCCAGACAAAUCCGCGGGAGGCGGUGGCUCCUAGUGCAUUCGAUGCUCCUGCUGCGGGAGGUUUCCCGUCCAAAUCUGCUCCGAACAUUACCUCAGAUCGUCAAAUUCACAUUCUUGGGAAAGGUGCAGGGUCCGCAGGAGGUCGCCAGAAACGCCCUGCGAAGAAUGCCCUCGUCAUCACUCCUUUGGUUCCCUCCCAAAGACCGGUGGACGAGGUGCGUCCCUCCUCCCCUGCUCGCGUCCACGUCACCAGUGGACUCCCCGCGCGGCCCCUUCCACCCCCAAGCAGAGAUGCCCAUAGUUCCGCCGCGCCCAAAAGACCAAUGACGUCCCCUGUGCCCCCCGUAAUCCCAACUCCUCCAGCGCCCUCGGUGAGCGCCCAGGACCUCCGAGACCUCAUCUCCAACAUGCGGGCCAGCGGCCAGCUCCAACCUCCCCCGACCGUGGACUAUAUCCUGAGCAGGCCCCAAAGCGCACGCAAGACCGCCGCCCGCACGUUUUCUCCACGACAUGACCUCCCCGAGAUGCGCUCGCAAUCCAAAGACCUUGAAGAAGUAGAGUGGAAGCUGGGCGACGACCAUAUGGACGUCGAUUCUCCGCCGCCGGAGCCCGUCCCCGUCGCCUCUCCCGAGCCAGACCCGCAUAACAUCGACGAUCUCUACGGCGACAUCGCUCCCCGUUUCCGCAGCGCUCGUCCUACUUCCGCGAGGCCCAAGUCGGUCCCUCCUACACCGCAGAACCGGCUUCUGUUCGCGUUGCAGAAGAAACGGCUAUCGGGCAAUGAUGCUUCGACCACUACCUUACGAACUGGGGACACGAAAGAUGAGGACUCCAUGAGACCACGGAAGGUACCUGCUCGCCAGUUGAAGGGGAAGGCACUGCGCAGAAAGCAGGCGGCUGGUCUCAUAUUCAAUGUCGGCGAUUCUGACUGGCUUGAGUGA